AUGUCCCCAUCUUCAACCUUUGUUUUCAAGAUAUACAAGCACGCGCUUUCCAUGCGUGGGAAGGACCUCAUGGCAGUCAUCCAACGUUCGUUGGCAGAUACCCUUGUGCCUUACUAUCCCUUCACUGGUUACUAUGGCAACACCUUCGCCUUUGUGGUGGCUGAUCGUGCUCCGGCUGGCGAGCUAUGCCCAAACCCAUUAGAUCUUGUGAGUAAGGCCAAAGGUGAGGUUGACCCAGAUGUCGGGCCAGUACCUAGAUUAGCAAACUUUUGCAUACCAUGUAAGAACGAGGAAGGGGAGGAUGGGAUUGUUUUGGCAAUUAGCUUGCCGGCGCAGGCAAAUGAGAGGUUUUUGAAAGAGCUCGAAAGCAUGUUGGAAUCACCACCUGUUGGAGUGGAGGCCAAAAUAUUUACUCAUGUUAUGUCAGCUUUAUAA